GGUUUUUUUCCGGUACCAAAAUUCUAUCAAAAUAAAAAAAAAGUAUUCUGCAUUGUUUUCAAAGAGAAAAUGAGUCAAGUGUGGUUCUCGCUGGUUCGCUGCGUUCGAUGGGUUCCGGGGAAUAAAAUUCUUUAAGGAGAGAUAGUGAAUUCUAUCGGCUAGGACGCUUGCAUAUGUAUUUGCAUGAUUUAAUGAUCUUAUGUGUUUGCUUGUUGAUAGACCGUUAGCUACACAUGUUUUCACCCCUGUUCUUACACCGUUUGAGAUGUGGUUUCUCGUGUUUUAGACCGAUUUCACGCUAGGUUGUGCUUGUUUGUGAUAUUUCAGGUCCUGGCAAGUGAAUGAAGGUUUAGGAGCGAGUUUGGGGUCGAUUGGGCGAAGAUCGGGCACGAGACAAGUCGCAAAGGAAGUCACACGGGCUACCCUGAUGUUCACACGGCCGUGCAAGUGGCCAGUCUGGCCGUGUGACAUUCUGCGAGAGCAGACACGGGCAAAGCAGAAGAUCGACACGGCCGUGCAAGAGGCCAGUCUGGCCGUGUGGAAUUCUGCGUGAGCAAACACGGGCAAAAAGGAAGUUCACACGGCCGUGCCACUCUGGCCGUGCAAAGAGCCUGGAAUUCGAACUAAUUGGAACGCAGCGUUUUGACUCACACGGGCAACUGGGUAAGCCACACGGCCGUGCCACCCUGGCCGUGUGAGUCGGGAUUUUCUGCUUAAAACCCGAUUUUCAGCCAAAGGAGAAGAGGAGAGCUGGGUUUUGGAUCCCAAACACCCAAGGGACGAACCCUAGAGAGAGAGAGCGACUUGGGAACAUUCUUGGAGCUAUUUUGGAGGAUUUCUUCGCCAUUGGAGCUCGGGAAUCAAGCUUGGAGAUGGAGAUUGAAGAUCUAGAUCAGAUUUCUGCAGUCUCUCUCUUCUCUAUGGAGUAACUUCCCUUCACUUAGGUUUUGAGGAACCCUAGUUCCAUGAGUUAGGAGCUUGCUUGUAUGAAGUUUUGGAUGCUAUGUUGUUUGAUUAUAAUCGAAUGAUGCAUGUUUAUUGAGUCAAUUGAAGUCUGAUCAACUUUUCCUGAUUCCUGCUGCAAUCUGAGAUAGAUAGAAUCUGAUUAGGUUGCUAGAGUCUCAUCAUUCGGUAGUAGGAGAUUGGCUAUACGAGAGUUAGCCAGUUUACUGCUUUGUACUGGAAUCCAAUUCCAGUAGUGGAGUUCUGUGCUUAUUGCUUCAGCUUUCUAUCCCGGUGAAGACUAGUCGUCUGCCGGAUAGUUAGACUGAGAGGGCUUGGUCAGCUUAAGAGAUUCCAAGCUACUUUCGGAUCUUCCGCAGUUUAAUCAACAGUAAAACAACCAAAAGGAAUUACAACUUGGACCUAAUUGAGGAGCUAGGGGGAAUCAUACCUAAGUGAGUUCCCAAACUGUAAUUAGUAGUUUUACUUAGUUGAGUUAGUAGAGUAGUUUAGUUAAUCAACCCUUAAUCUAGUUUGCUAGAUAAUGAACUGAAUCUGAGUAAUAGUAACUCUAGAGACCCGUGGAUUCGAUAUUUAUUACUUGUGCCACUAUACUGCAGUCCCUUUCAUUGGUUACACUUGGCCAUUGUUAGGUGUUGUGUUUUAGAGCAUCAAGUUUUUGGCGCCGUUGCCGGGGACUUUCUAGAGUAUUAGGAAAGGCAGAAGUUUGUUACUUUAGCGUUUUUCUUUUCUUUUCUUUUCCACCCUUGCUUUUCACUUGGGUGUUUUUGUUUUUGUUGGUGCAGAUCUGAAUCAUGGAUCCUAAUGGCUUCUCCAAUCAUUGGGGGUAUCCACCACCAUCCGGGUGGUAUUACCCCGCGACUCCCUACAGCAAUCAAGGAGGAGAAGACUAUGGAUUCGGGUUCCAGUACCAACCCCCUUACUACGGAGAACAAUCAGACCCCUGGGCAUAUCAAGAACAACCUCAUUACCAAGAAGACUUUCUCCCACAACCAGAAGGGCCAUCGGAGCUGGAGUUACCCAUGGCGGCCUUCACGGGCCACUCUGCAGAGCCAUGCUACACUUCACUGGAGGAUCCGAACGAACAAUUAAGGCUUCUCGUGGAGCAGUUUGCUCGAGACACUGAGAAAUCAUGCUCCAAGAUGGAUCUUCAAAUCAAAGCCCUUGCCACUUCCGAUCCCUCAUUUCUCCAUGAUAUGGAGGAGACUGUUCAGCGCUCAGCGAAGCAAACAGAGUGGGUGAAGCAAGUUUGCUCACAUCUUGCUCAAGAUCACCUUUCUGCUACCACGCUAGAAGAGGUGGAGGAUGACAAAGGCUAUGGGAGCGUUGAGGAGCAUACAGAAGUUAUCACAGAGAACUCCCAUGAUAACCAUGAUCAGGAAAGUCCUUUGGUUGCAGACCACACCUUUCCUCAUUUAUGCUCUAACAUGCUGGGCCCGUGCGAGGAGAUGCAAGAUGAUCCCAUUGAAGAAAUUGCUUGGCGACUUGCUCUCCAAUCUGUUCUAGAAGAAGAAGAGCGAGCAAGGAUGAGGAAGAAAGUUGUGGAUGAUGAGGAAGAAAGAAAAGAAGAGGUGGUUCUUGAUCUUUUCCCAGGGGAGAGACCACAUUUUGAAGAAGGAAGGGGGGUUGAGGAAGCAAUUGGCGUCCAGGCUGAGGAUGAAGUUGAGGUGGAAGAGGCAUGCACCGGCCAUGAGUUGCAAGUAAUAUCCCCACCAAACUUUGAGGAACUGCUUAGCAAGGACCCAUUUGCAGUGUCUCUUUGCCAGACCAAGGCCACAUCAAUAUCGGUCCCUCUUGGUGGACGCGAUGGUGGCCAAUCGAUGCUGUCAUAUCUGGUUUGGGGAAAUGAGACAAGAGAAGAGAAGAAGAGGUCUCGAGGGUGGAGACUUCAUCUGCAUCAAGUACAUGAGCCUUCAUCACCUGCCACACCACAUGCUCGUGACUUGAGACUCCACCUCAUCGACGAGAACCUCAACUUCAAGGAGGUUCUAGCAUGGACCGAAACUUAGGAGCCAUCGUCCGGCUCACGACGUGAAAGAAGCGCUUGUUGGGAGGCAACCCAACCAGUCGGUUUGCAUUUCUGUCUCUAUUUCUCCUCGGUUGAGUCAGUUUGCUAUUUGAUUUUAGAGUCAAUAACUUAACCUUUGUGAGAUUUUGUGUGGUGUUUGUGUUCUGAUUACUCUCUCUUUCUGGAUGGCACCGCCUGACCCGUUCAUCAUCAUUCACCCUUGAUCUGGUAACUUCGUUCUACCCUCCUUAUCUUUCCUCCAUUGAGGACAAUGUCGUGCUUAAGUGUGGGGGGAUGUUCGAUUAUGUAUGCGGGUGAAUGUUUGGCUGUUUGUGUGCUUGGAGCCUAGUCCACUGUCCAAAUUUUUAAAUUUGAGGGCUCCAAGUACGUGUUUCCUUGCAAUUGCCUGCUCAGUAUGCUUUAAAUUGACAGUCUUUAUAGUAAUAUGCAACCUAGGGAGGUAGUGUAGCACUAUGGAGGAUGUUGAUGCAUUUAAGAAGUCUCAUGUCUUCUUCAUAUUGAGUUGGUUGAUUGAGUGAAUUAGUGAUCUUAGGACCCUUGAAUUGUGUGGUGUUGUGGAUUCUCUGCCUGUCAUGGACUCUUGUAUCAUGUUUUGAAAAUAACAGGUGAUCAAAAAUGUGCUUCAAAAUAAACGUCUCCCGUGCGAAUAGGGCGAAAGUGUGUAAGGGGAGACGGGAAUUCGUUCCCAAUUUCCACCUACUACCUCCAGCCCCCUUACAUGUCUUUCCCCCGCACGAGGCUCGAGACAUCCGCUCCUGGCAUGGCCGGUAAGAGCAGGUUGGGACCCUUGAAAAAGAAAAAAAGAAAAGAAAAAUAACAGAAAACAAGCAAAAUAGAAAGAAAAGGGGUUCCAACCAUCCUUAAGCAGAAAAUAGAGCACCUUGAAAAAUGUGAGUCCAUGAUCUUUUGUUUUUGAGAAUCUCUUCAUCCACAAUUCAUUUGUCCUUUGUUCACUGUUUGCCAUGAUGCCGACUCGAUAAGAAGCUUUGAGAUGACUUGUGCGUCGGUUGACCUCGUAAGCUGCUAAAUGACCUAAGAAGUCCUCUACCUACGAUCUAGGUUGUUUGUUGCUAUAGAGGUCUAGAGAGUUGCAUUGGUUUGAGUUAGGUUUGCUCGAGGACAAGCAAACGGUUAAGUGUGGGGGAGUUUGAUAGACCGUUAGUUACACAUGUUUUCACCCCUGUUCUUACACCGUUUGAGAUGUGGUUUCUCGUGUUUUAGACCGAUUUCACGCUAGGUUGUUCUUGUUUGUGAUAUUUCAGGUCCUGGCAAGUGAAUGAAGGUUUAGGAGCGAGUUUGGGGUCGAUUGGGCGAAGAUCGGGCACGAGACAAGUCGCAAAGGAAGUCACACGGGCUACCCUGAUGUUCACACGGCCGUGCAAGUGGCCAGUCUGGCCGUGUGACAUUCUGCGAGAGCAGACAUGGCAAAGCAGAAGAUCGACACGGCCGUGCAAGAGGCCAGUCUGGCCGUGUGGAAUUCUGCGUGAGCAAACACGGGCAAAAAGGAAGUUCACACGGCCGUGCCACUCUGGCCGUGCAAAGAGCCUGGAAUUCGAACUAAUUGGAACGCAUCGUUUUGACUCACACGGGCAACUGGGUAAGCCACACGGCCGUGCCACCCUGGCCGUGUGAGUCGGGAUUUUCUGCUUAAAACCCGAUUUUCAGCCAAAGGAGAAGAGGAGAGCUGGGUUUUGGAUCCCAAACACCCAAGGGACGAACCCUAGAGAGAGAGAGCGACUUGGGAACAUUCUUGGAGCUAUUUUGGAGGAUUUCUUCGCCAUUGGAGCUCGGGAAUCAAGCUUGGAGAUGGAG